ACAAAUGACCGCACUACAACAGAACCUCUCUGGGCUGACAACCAUAGAGUCACACACCAAAACCCAGCGAGGACGAGCCGCCGGUACCGGUCUAGCAUGGGCAGACUGCGGAGGAGAGCAUGCGUUGCGCUCUUUCUCUUCGCGCUCUUUAUCUUCGGAACCAUGAUGGGACUCAGGACCCUCAAGACGGGCGACGGUUUAUCAGAUCUGGUUCCGAAUCUGGAGCUCGCCGGGAAACGAUCAGUGUCCUCCUCGUCAUCCUCCUCCUCACCGGGUCAUCACAACACUAAAUCCGCUUUGCCGAACUCCGGUCCGGAGGGAUCGAUAUUCGACGACGUGCACAUGUUCUACUAUGUGUGGUACGGAACCCCGCAAGUUGACGGCAAGUUUGUGCACUGGGACCACGUCCUGGUUCCACACUGGGACCCGAAGAUCGCAUCCAGUUACCCGAGGGGCAGACACAUGCCUCCUGAGGACAUCGGCUCCAGUUUCUACCCAGAACUUGGACCGUACAGUUCUAGGGACCCGAAUGUUCUGGAGUCCCACAUGGAGCAGAUCGCUGCUUCUGCUGCAGGGGUUCUGGUCCUAUCCUGGUACCCUCCAGGCCUGGCUGAUGACAAUGGGGAACCCACUGAGGAUUUUGUACCGGCUAUACUGGACGCUGCUUAUAGGCACAAUCUCAAGGUUGCCUUUCAUAUCCAACCAUACAGAGGACGAAACGACCAGAGUGUGCAUGACAACAUCAAGUACAUCAUUGACAGGUAUGGCGACCAUGCAGCCUUCUACAAGUUCACCUCCAGCACGGGGAAGAGUCUUCCUCUGUUCUACAUCUACGACUCGUACCUGACCCCUGCGGAGUCUUGGUCUGAACUUUUGUCACCCACGGGCUCCCACAGCUUGCGGGGCUCCGCCUACGACUCGCUCUUUAUUGCUCUGAUCGUGGAAGAGCGCCACAAGCAGGACAUCCUGGCUGGCGGAUUCGACGGCAUGUACACAUACUUUGCCUCCAACGGCUUCUCCUUCGGCUCUUCCCACCAGAACUGGAAGGCCAUCAAGAGUUUCUGCGAUGACAACAAUCUCCUCUUCAUCCCAAGUGUGGGACCGGGAUACGUCGAUACCAGCAUUCGCCCGUGGAACAGCCACAGCACCCGGAACCGAGUCAAUGGGCGAUACUAUGAGACAGCACUGCAAGCGGCGCUUAACGUGCGUCCCGAGAUGGUCACCAUCACAUCCUUUAACGAGUGGCAUGAGGGGACACAGAUAGAGAAGGCGGUGCCCAAGAAAACUGCCACUAGGGUCUACUUGGACUAUCAGCCACAUGGACCUGAACACUACCUGGAGUUGACACGGCGUUGGGCCGAGCACUUCAACAAGGAGAAGGAGCAGUGGCUCAUGUGAGUGGCGCUUUCUACCGACCCACCGGCAUCAAACCAUGCACUUAAAUGGACGUUUGUAACCCCUUUCAAUGCUGGCUUUUUCCUUGUGUUAUUGGUUAAAAUAAGGGGGACAACUGCACCCUCUGAUGGACUAUCGCAGCCGUAACAGAGGUGGCACGGCAACAAUGUGUAAGGGUAUAUAUUCCCCAACGCCGGGACUGGGGUGCAACGUUUAACACCCAUUCUGUUGUGCUGAAAGUCGCUGUCCGACAAGUAUCUUGCACUGUAUGUCACACCAGACGCAGGCCGUCUAAUUAACUGGCUGCGUGUCGCUGUGUGAAAAGACACACAAUCACUCUAACGUCCCGCCUUCACGAGGUUCCUGAAGGGCUCAGGACCUAAGAGGGCUUGGAUUCAGCUAUUUUGUGGUAUAUCUAGGGGCUGGUAAAAGCAAAAGUGACGGACACGGAUGACAGUACUUAGGUUGUUGUGUCGUCACAAAAUUUUAUUCGGAAAUCACGAUUAUAAAUAAAUGUUUUACAGCGACAUAGCCAUCACUGUCCAUGACAUCACUACCAUGCACUGACUAGUCUAUGAAUUUGUCAGCUUCUCCGAAAAAUAGUCAACCCUCAUUAAAUGGAAUGCUAUCAUCUUCGGUGGAUUUCCUGGUUGAGUCACAUUUGCACCCAUGUUGUGACAAUGCUAGGUGUCAAAAUGUUAGCAUUCUAACGUCAGGGAUUUAAGAAGAUAGCUGGCGUUAGUGCUUACGAACAAACGUACAAGGCCGUUUUCAUUCUACGGUGGACUAUUGAUCAAAGAAACAUUUAGUAUUACAUCCUAAUAACAUUUUCUUAACUGUGCUAGGUAACCGCUGUGUAGUUUUUGCGUAGCCCCAAAAGCUAACCGGAGAAUAAACAAAGUUGGGUGAUAUGUAACCUCCCUCUCGAGAGAAAACAGUCCUCAUUAAAUGGAAUGCGACAAUCGUCGGUGGACUUCCUGGUUGAGUCACAUUUGCACCCAUGUUGUGACAAUGCUAGGUGUCAAAAUGUUAGCAUUCUAACAUCAGGGAUUUAAGAAAAUAGCUGGCGUUCGUGCUUACGAACAAACAUUACAAGGCCGUUUUAAUUCUACGGUGGACUAUUGAUCAAAGAAACAUUUCGUAUUACAUCCUAAUAACAUUUUCCUUAACUGUGCUAGGUAACCGCUGUGUAGUUUUUGCGUAGCCCCAAAAGCUAACCGAACAAUAAACAAAGUUGGGUGAUAUGUAACCUCCCGCUCAAGUCAUGACAAGGUUCGAAAAAAAGAUUUGAUAUAUUUCCACUAAAUUUUCCCGUACCAUAUCCUACUCCAUUCAAAUGCAAAAAUAUGUUUACACUUUGUUCCCUGCUGAUUUGUUAAAAGUUUUUUUCCUGGAGGGUAUUUUCACAAUAAAAAGUAUUGAGUCUCUUGUGGUUGUGUGGUUAAAUUCCCAAUUUGAAAAUAAACGUACGCAAGGGAAACAGACAAGUCAUAAUUUGUUGGUAAAUACGUAGAAUUUUAUUAUAAAGAUUUAACUUAGGUUAACAGUUUUUAACAUGCAUGAAGGCAUUGACCUUCCCAAAAG